AGCUGCUAUUAGUGGAGAGAGGUGGUGCUGCUUCUUCCUGCCGUCUGAAACACAGAAACGGCCAAAGAUGCUGAUGUGAAAAAUAUGCCUGAGUUUAAACGCUAAUUAUGGUUGGUUAUCAUGUAGCCUUUAGGCAUUUGUAACAAAUUAUUACCAGCUCCAGGAUGUUUUAAGGCGAUCGCUAUAACGGAUGCAAGAUUGUAUACAGUAAGAUCAGUAAGCAGUGAUACAGCAUCUUCAGAGAGGACAGCAUCUAUCCGGCCAUCAGACCAAAAUGGCUGACAAGAGUGACCUAAAAGCUGAGCUGGAGCGCAAGAAGCAGCGUCUAGCUCAAAUCAGGGAGGAGAAAAAAAGAAAAGAAGAAGAGAAAAAGAAAAAAGAGUCAGAAAUACAACAGAAGGCAGAAGCUGCUCCUGAGGACUCUGAUUUGGACCGUAAGCGCAGAGAGACUGAGGCACUGCUCCAAAGUAUUGGAAUUUCACCUGAGCCACCGUUGGUCCCAACACAAAUGUCUCCGUCAAAAUCCAUGAGCACUCCGAGUGAGACAGGAAGUCAGGACUCAGUGGAAGGUGGCACCGUUGGAAGGACCCUGCAGUGGGACACUGACCCCUCUGUUCUCCAGCUGCAGGCUGAUUCUGAGCUCGGACGCAGGAUGCACAGACUGGGGGCAUCCAAGAUAACCCAGGUGGAUUUCUUACCCAAAGAGGUGGUUUCCUACUCUAAAGAGACACAGACUCCUCUAGCAGCACAUCAGUCAGAAGAGGAUGAAGAAGAGGAUGAAGAUAAUACGGAACCUAAAGCAGGCCUGGAGUCAGACCAGAAGGAGGAUGAGGAGAGCAAGGAUACAAAAGAAGGCCACCCGCGGGAGCUGACGGAGGAGGAGAAGCAGCAGGUCCUGCACUCUGAGGAGUUUGUGAUCUUCUUUGACCGCAGUAUUCGUGUGAUGGAGCGAGCUCUUGCUGAAGAUUCCAACAUCUUUUUUGAUUACAGUGGCCGAGACCUCGAGGAUAAAGAAGGAGACCUGCAGGGAGGGUCAAUUCUGUCCUUUAAUCGUCUGUUCUAUGAUGAGCACUGGUCUAAGCACCGGGUUAUCACCUGUCUGGACUGGUCCCCUCAGUACCCAGAGCUGCUGGUGGCCUCUUAUAACAACAACGAGGAUGCUCCUCAUGAGCCAGAUGGUGUGGCUUUAGUGUGGAAUAUGAAAUUCAAAAAGACCACGCCUGAGUACAUCUACCACUGCCAGUCUCCCGUGGUGUCUGUGGGCUUUGCCCGUUUCCAUCCUAAUCUCCUGGUGGGUGGCACAUACUCGGGGCAAAUCGUCCUUUGGGACAACCGCAGCCACCGGAGAACCCCAGUCCAGAGAACACCACUCUCUGCAGCUGCACAUACUCAUCCAGUGUACUGUGUGAAUGUGGUGGGAACCCAGAAUGCCAACAACUUGAUCACAGUGUCCACAGAUGGCCGGAUGUGCUCCUGGAGCCUGGAUAUGCUCUCCCAGCCACAGGAGAGCAUGGAACUGGUCUAUAAUAAGUCAAAACCAGUAGCAGUGACUGGAAUGGCCUUCCCUGCCGGAGAUGUCAAUAACUUUGUGGUGGGAAGUGAAGAGGGGACUGUGUACACAGCUUCCAGACAUGGCAGUAAAGCUGGUAUCUGUGAGAUGUUUGAGGGCCAUCAGGGACCAGUGACUGGCAUCAGCUGUCACAGUGCUGUGGGCCCAGUCGACUUCUCCCACCUGUUCGUCACCUCGUCUUUUGACUGGACUGUCAAACUCUGGAGCACAAAGCACAACAAGCCGCUGUACUCCUUUGAGGACAAUGCUGACUAUGUGUACGAUGUCAUGUGGUCUCCAGUGCAUCCCGCGCUCUUCGCUGCAGUGGACGGAAUGGGCCGUCUCGAUCUGUGGAACCUAAACAAUGACACUGAGGUGCCCACAGCUAGCGUGACCAUCGAGGGUGCUCCUGCACUGAACAGGGUGCGUUGGGCUUCAGGAGGCAAGGAGGUGGCUGUAGGAGACUCAGAGGGCCGGCUCUGGAUCUACGAUGUUGGAGAGCUGGCAUCGGCACACAGCGAGGACUGGACUCGCUUCGCCCGCACGCUGGUGGAGAUCCGCGCCAACCGAGCUGACGGUGAGGAGGAAGGCCCUGUGGAAUUGGCAUCGUAGAAAAGAGCAGCUUCAGAGCUUCAGCGCAUCACACUGAUACUGUCCCACAUCCACCUUCAGCCCAGCGCCAGUCCAUCAGCUGCUGUUCACCUUGGCCCGGUUCAUCAGUUUUAUCAUAGAAAACAUAGAUCAGCAUCACCUUGCUUUGUAAUUUAAUUGUGCAAAUAUCUACUGUUUGCAUUCACUUUGCCAUUGUUUAAUUAUUCAUAGGCCUCAUUCAGUGUCUGUUUCACACCAGUUCAAGGCCAGGCAUGGCCAUCUGAUGACUGAUGUGAAGUCGAAUAGUUCCUAUGCUGCUACAAUGGUUCUUAGUGAAGGCCAAAGAGGUUCCUUUGCACCCUGUGAUAUUUGCAAUGCUUCUGUUGUGUGUUGUAUGUGUGUGUAAUUUUUUGUAUUUAUCUUCUGCAUGAACUACAGUAAUGGAGUGUGUCUUAAGCAAUUGUCUGAGCUAAAGUAAUUUAUAAUUCCUAAACAGGUAAUAUGUACGAGAUUUUUGUCAGGUGAUAACUGUGAUAGUUAAUUCACAUUCUCUCUCUCUCUCUCUCUCUCUCUCUGUCUCUCACUCUCUCUCUCUCUCUCGCUCUCUCUCUCUCUCUCUCUCUCGCUCUCUCUCUUCCACACCCACCUUUUGCUGAUGGAAAACUCAGAGCCUAAUUCAAAGUGUGGGAUAUAUGCUCAAUGAUUACAGGCAAUGUCAUGCCUCAAUGACAUAAAAUAAAAUAAAGUGAUACAUGCUUUCAA